UAUUUAUAAUUUUGACCCCAAACUCCUCCGCCCUCACUCACACAACCCGCACAGCAAUAAACCUUCGAAUUCAUUGGCAACAGAUUCUCCAUUACCUGAAAUUACUCAAUUCAUAUUUUCGUUUUCUCGAAAAAAAAUUCGUAUUAUCCUCUCAUUUAAUCUUUUCCCCUUCAAAUAAUUUCAGUGCAGUUCGGAAAUUAUUGCAAUUGUUUUUGGAAAUUAGAUAAUUUUGUAAAAUGGGGAAAAAUCAAGCGUACAAAGCGAUGCAGAGAUCCCGGGUCGGGUCGAGCUCAGGCGGGCCGGACGAGGUUGAGGAUGGCAUGGUGGAUGGUUCAUUUCAUUCACCAGAAUGGCAUGCUGCUCGUAUGGCAAGUCUCAAGACUUCUCAUACAGUAACUUGGGAGGAAUACAAAAAGAAGCAAAAGGAAGAAGAAAUAAGAAAGGGAGAAUUGGAAGCAGAUAAAGAUAAGAUGAUGAUAGAGUAUAGAGCUCAGCUAGAUGCUGAAAGGGCUCAUAAACUUGCCCAUGGGAGAAACCACUCAACCGUCAAAUCGAACCACAAAAAGGACAAAAAGGAGAAAGAUUCAAAACGACAUAGCAGCAAGAAGCGAAAGCAUUCACAUUCAUCAUCGGGAACAUCAAGCAGUGAUGAGGAUGAUAGAGAGUCAAAAAGAUCGAAGUCAAAGUUGAAGAGAAGGAAGAAAGAGAAGAAGCAUCGGUCAAGAUCCAAACACGUAAGCAGUGAAAACGAUGAAGCUAAUGGACCGUUGCCACUUUCCCGAUUCUUUGGAAACCUAAAAAGCUGAUAUUUUGGGUGAUUUAUUACUCUUUACUCAACACUGCAUGAGUUCAACUUCUUCCUUUUUCGGUCUGCUAUUCUAUAUGUUUUUUUAUGCUCCUUGUUCGAAUUUAGACACAUCAAUUUUGGUGUUGAUUUGAUUGAUUCAAUACCCUUUCGUUGUUCUC